GGGAUGGGGGGUUACGGGCCAGUGGAGAUGACAGAGCAAUAGAGGGAUUAGGGCCAGCCAUGUUGAGCAUCUGGUUUAGAGAUCGCCUAUGCUCUGGAGCUAUACUGCAAUGCACGCACAUAUGGAUUACACAGUAUACACAUGAAUUUGUGUUAUCUAUCAUUGUUGGGGCCAACUCACCAGACAGGGUAACAAACUAACACUAUAUGAAUACCGUAACUGCAGUCAUUCUGCCAUUUUGACAGCUACCAUGAGAUCAGUCAGCACUGGGGUGCGGGCCCAGAGGGCUGCGGAGCUGUCUGAACCAGAGUCAGAUGAAACAACAGAACCAGUUCACCAUGAGCACUCCCAUUCAAAACACCACGAGCACGAGCACCAUCAUACAGAACAUCACCCCAGCCAUGACUACAACCACAUGAAGGACAAGUUCAUGAAUGAUCUUAGUCACCUGACAAUUCCCAUGUGGGCAGUAGGAGCCAUUACUGUGGUGGUCCUGGUUUUGGUGGCAUGCUUCAUCUUCUGUUGUUUCAAAAAAUGCUUUGGGAAAAAGAAAAAGCCAAAGAAAGUGAGGGAGAGAAAGGCAGGUCGUCGCAGAAUGACAAAGGAAGGUGAAGGAGAGACUGUAGAGAAGGAGGGAGAAGUGAAGAAGGAAGGGCAGCAAGAGCAGAAACAACAGGAGAAGUUGGGUAAACUGGAGUUCUCAUUGGACUACAACUUCACAGAAGCCCAGCUCAUAGUGGGUAUCCUUCAGGCUCAAGACCUUGCUGCUAUGGACAUGGGGGGAACCUCAGACCCCUAUGUCAAAGUGUUUUUGUUGCCAGACAAAAAAAAGAAGUAUGAGACAAAGAUGCAACGCAAGAAUUUAUGUCCUGUUUUCAAUGAGACUUUCUUCUUCAAGAUACCAUAUGCAGAGUUGGGUGGAAAGACUUUGGUGCUGCAGGUUUUUGACUUCGAUCGUUUCUCCAAGCAUGAUAUGAUUGGUGAGAUAAAGAUUCCCAUGAGCAGUGUUGAUUUGGGUCAGCCAAUGCAACAGUGGCGAGACUUGGAGAGUGGUGAGAAGGAAGAGGAAAAACUGGGUGAUAUAUGCAUUUCUUUACGCUAUGUGCCUACUGCUGGGAAACUGACAGUGAACAUCAUGGAGGCAAAAAACCUGAAAAAAAUGGAUGUUGGUGGCUUAUCAGAUCCAUAUGUGAAGAUUGUUCUUCAGCAGAACGGGAAACGGAUUAAGAAGAAAAAGACAACAGUCAAGAAAAACACACUAAAUCCCUACUUUAAUGAAAGUUUUAGCUUUGAUGUCCCCUUUGAGCAGAUACAGGUAGGCUGUGCACCUUGAAAUGUAACAGAAAGUAAGUGUUGAUGUAGGCAUGUUGUCAUCACAGUGUUGGACUAUGAUAAACUUGGGAGCAAUGACCCCAUUGGAAAGACCUUCGUGGGUUACGGAGCUACAGGAGUCGGCCUGCGCCACUGGUCAGACAUGCUGGCUAAUCCCAGACGUCCAGUAGCCCAGUGGCACACUCUCAUGCCAGAAGAAGAAGUUGAUGCAGCACUCAAAGCAAAACCUCGCUAAUCAAAACCUCGCUAUUGUGGAUAUGUCAUUUGGUGUUAACCCUGAUGUUUUUUUCA